AUGGAGAAAACAAUAGAAACCCCUCCUAAAACUCCCACAAUUCAAACAGAAAACUCUAUUCCAGACCAAAACUCACCCCCUCAAAACCAGAAAUCACAGACUCCUCCUAUCUGCAAUUCCGGCAAAACCGGCACCCCGGAACGACUUAAGGUCCCCAAGGCGUUCAAAUACCCGGAAAAGUAUACUAGUCCAACUGAUAGACUGAUGUCCCCUGUUACAAGAGUACUUCUUGCUAGAAGUAGAAGGGGAAGCAAGAUCCUACCACCCUCUACAAAUCAGCAUAAGAUUCAAGCUCUUAAACUUCAGGAUUUGGGUUCAUUCCGAAAUUGA